AUGCCGGCUUUUUGCCUCGCAGGGCCUCAGUUGGCCAUCACUGCUUUGAUCUACAGCUGGUCCGCCCAGAAUGCCGCCGGCGACACCAAACGCCAGACACCCACUGCGCUCCAUCUCAAGAAGCGCAAUGCGGCGCGGGGCAGCGUGGACCGCAAUAACAAGGACCUGGGCCUCGUCACGUACUUUCAGGAAUACAACAUACGGCUGGAAUCGGCAUCUCCCGAGGCUGUACUUCGCUGA